AUGAACUCUGAGGAUAGAGAACGCAGUACGCUCAUCCUGCAGACGGACAGUCCUGAGGAGACCCAGCUCCUCGGUUACGCCGUAGGGGAGCGUGCCCAACCCGGCGACGUGUUCCUCCUCAGUGGUCCGCUGGGGGCGGGUAAGACUUGCUUCACGCAGGGUCUGGCACGGGGGCUUGGGGUGGAAGGUUACGUCCGGAGCCCGACCUUUGUGCUGAUGACGCGGCACAAGGGUCGCUUGACCUUGCACAUAUUGACCUCUACCGUAUCAGCAGCCCUGAAGAGGCUUGGGAUCUCGGCCUGGACGAACAGCUCUUCGAUAGUGGGGUCUGCGUCAUCGAAUGGGCUGAGCGAGCGGAGGAACUGUUGCCCGAUAACGCAGUCUGGCUGGAAUUCGGAUAUGGGGAAGUAG